GCCCUCCUCCGGAGAGAAGCGGCCAGCGGGCCUGGGACGGGCCAGACUGACUGCGCCCCGCCACAGUAAAAGGGCGGUGGCGGCGCUGGGCGGGGCCGAGCUCCAGGGCUGGCAGCGGGGCUGCGGUGGGGCCUGCGAGCCGCUCAGGCGUGGCGGGGCCGGCCGAGCGGAGUCCGCGCGCGUCCCCGCUGAGCUGCCCGCUCCGGCGGCUGCGCUGCUCGCCCGCGGCGACGUCGCGCCGGUGUCUCCAGCAUGACGGAGCUGAGGCAGAGGGCCGCCCGCGAGCCGGACGGUCCGCCCGAGGACAAGGAGUCAGAGUCAGAAGCAAAGGUAGAUGGAGAGACCGCAUCAGACAGUGAGAGCCGAGCAGAAGCUUCUCCCCCACUAAUCCCUGCAGAUGAUACCCCGGAGGUCCUCAACAGGGCCCUUUCCAGCUUGUCUUCAAGAUGGAAGAACUGGUGGGUGAGAGGCAUCCUGACUUUGGCCAUGAUUGCAUUUUUCUUCGUCAUCAUUUAUCUGGGACCAUUGGUUUUAAUGAUGAUUGUGCUGUGUGUUCAGAUUAAGUGUUUCCACGAGAUUAUCACUAUUGGCUACAAUGUUUACCACUCCUAUGACCUGCCCUGGUUCAGGACCCUCAGCUGGUACUUCCUACUGUGUGUAAAUUAUUUCUUCUAUGGUGAAACAGUGACGGAUUACUUCUUCACUCUGGUCCAGAGAGAGGAGCCUUUGCGGAUUCUCAGUAAAUACCACCGGUUCAUUUCCUUUACUCUCUAUCUAAUAGGAUUCUGCAUGUUUGUACUGAGUCUGGUCAAGAAGCAUUAUCGACUCCAGUUCUACAUGUUUGGCUGGACCCAUGUAACGUUACUGAUCGUUGUAACCCAGUCCCAUCUUGUCAUCCACAACCUGUUUGAAGGAAUGAUCUGGUUCAUUGUCCCCAUCUCUUGUGUGAUCUGCAAUGACAUCAUGGCCUAUAUGUUUGGUUUCUUCUUUGGUCGGACCCCACUCAUCAAGUUGUCCCCGAAGAAGACUUGGGAAGGCUUCAUUGGGGGCUUCUUUGCUACUGUGGUGUUUGGCCUUCUGCUGUCCUAUGUGAUGUCUGGGUACAGAUGCUUUGUCUGCCCCGUGGAGUACAACAAUGACACCAACAGCUUCACUGUGGACUGUGAGCCCUCGUACCUGUUUCGCCUGCAGGAGUACAACAUUCCUGGGGUGAUCCAGUCGCUCCUUGGCUGGAAAACAGUCCGGAUGUACCCCUUCCAGAUUCACAGCAUUGCCCUCUCCACCUUUGCCUCGCUCAUCGGCCCCUUUGGAGGAUUCUUCGCAAGUGGAUUCAAACGAGCCUUUAAAAUCAAAGACUUUGCCAACACCAUUCCUGGCCAUGGAGGCAUCAUGGAUCGCUUUGACUGCCAGUAUCUGAUGGCCACCUUUGUCAAUGUGUACAUCGCCAGUUUUAUCAGGGGCCCGAAUCCGAGCAAGCUGAUUCAGCAGUUCCUGACCUUGCGGCCAGAUCAGCAGCUCCACAUCUUCAACACGCUUAAGUCUCACCUAACCGACAAGGGGAUGCUGAUGGCCGCCACGGAGGAUGAAUAGGGGCCACGCAGGGUCGGGAGAGCAGGAGCAGGACCGAGCGAGGGGCAGGGCUCCAAGGCAAGCCCAGCUGUGUGACGUAGACGAUGACAAGGCUUCAACUCACUGUCUUUUUUUUUUUUUUUUUUGUAGAGUGUUUUUUAUUUGUGAGUUAAAAAGAAAUCUGUAUAUACAGUCUGUGUGCUUAUGAUUUGGGUUGUGAGUAAACUAUAGCUUUGAGUUGGAAAGAAGUCACAGAGGUAAAACCAUGGUGUUUUUUAAACAAAAGGUUUUGACAACCGAGAAGACAGUGUUGCCCAGCUCGGGAACAUCUGCUUGGCGCUUCUAGCUGCAAUCAGUUGAACUGUUUCUGGGCUCGAGCAGAGAGUGGACAUACAUCUGUGGCCGACAGUUCAGGGGACCCCUGCCGUGUUGGUAGCUGCCCCCGAGCAGGGAACAGGAGCAUGGCUUGGAUGUCUUUGCUGCUGGAGAGCUAUCACCUGGGCUUCUCAAUAGUCCCUGGCUUGGAGCUGCAGGAGGGUUGCCUUCUCCAGGCCGGAAGGAUGAAGGCUUAGUAAUCAGAUAAGCAUUCUCUCCACACACAAUCCUGCGGAGCAUGAGCUCUGCUUUCUGAUAUGGGUUCACCUUACUUCAUCACACACUGAAAGAAGGUUUCAGCUUUUAUUUUCUUCAGAAAGCACGAAAAAUUAUUUAUAAUAGUCUGGGGAAAAAAAAACCACACUGUAAUAUUUCAGGUGUGUGCAGUAGAAUGUACUGUAACCGAGCCCUUUCCCACAGGUUUUAGGGUCAGGUGGCUCCUGUAGGGCAGUCCAGCUAACCGUGUCUUUUCGGGGGCGACGCCAUUCACCUUUGUGCUGUAGACUUGCUGCUGAAUCCUUCCUGGGGGCUUUCCCGUUAGGCAGGGGGCAGAGGGCUUCUGGUUCUUGCACCUUUUGCCUGACCGACCACCCAUGUAGCUGCUGUGUUGUAUAUAUAUUACUCUUAAGGCAAGUGUGUAUCUGUGUGUGUUUUAAAAAUCACUUAUUUCUUAUAGUGAUUUCAAGUGUACCAUGACUUCACUGAAACCACAAAGUCCUGCUUUAAACUCUGGAAAACCUAACCCGAUUAGAGAUUUGACUGUUGUGAAGAUUAAAUGCACACUUUUUAUAUAAUGUGACCAGUUUAAAUGUAGUUUGUAUUUUACUAGGGGACCUUUUUCUUUUAAACUGUGAUUUAUUUUUUUCCCUUCCUAGUUACAGGGGUGGACUUUGGGAAGACAAGUUCUUUGUUGGGACAACGAGUAAGGAAGUGCAGGAGAGAGAACUUGGUGCCCAAAUGUGUUAAAUUAUUCUGUGCCACGGUUGUUCCUCUUGCCAAAUGAGGGUGUAAUGGUUUGCUUUGGCACCUUGGUCUGGUGCUGGUUGCUUUGUUUCUGUUUAAAUCAGCCUUCCUGCCUCCCUGAAAGCCCACAGUCAGCCCAGACCACCGGAGCGUCCAGCUCAAGGCAGACCCCUCUCGACGUAUCAGCUGACAAUCACUGCGUGACCUCCACAUGCAGGCAGCAUUGAGGCACCCUCCUUCUGAGCUUUUCCUUCCAUUUUACACUUGGCUUUUCUUUUUCACGUCCAAGGGCCCCUUAAAAACAAAAUGUAUUUUUGCACAGGGGUUUCAGUCCUGGCUCUGUGACCCUGGGCAGGGCGCAUCGCUCUCUGGGUCCUUACUUUCUGAACUAUCUUCUAAUUCCAGCAUUCCGUGGUUCUGGCUGAGCAAGUUCAUGUCAUGGGCUGCUGUGGGUGUUGUCAUGUCCUGGGCACCCAAAAAGCAGGUGCUUUCAGGCCUUUUCUAAAUGCUUGUCCUUAUGAUGAGUCAGUAUCUCAGCAACAGUGGAGGCGAUUAGUAACGAAUCAGUUUUCUUAUUGAAGAGUGAACUUGGUUCCCCAAACCAGGGACAGAAGGGCACCUCAUUUGUCUCUGUUGCCCCAUUUUGGGCAUAUGGUGGGGUCCUUGGUUGCUAAGGCCCAGCAGCAGAGAGGCACUCUUGAAUAGGGCUGCCUUUGGAAUCAGGGAGCCUGGUACAUUCCUUUGUGGAAGUGGUCACUGUUGGGGGGUCCUGGGAUGCUGGGAAACUGAAGCUGGAUGCUCAUCAGAGCUGCUAGCAAGAAGGCGAGAGGGUCAGCUUGGGUUUAUUUUCUUCUGAUUUCCCCACGUGCUUUCUGGUGAAAUAAGGAAUUUUCUAGUUGAGUAGCCUGGAGAGCAACACCGCCUUGUGUCUAUAUAGCGCAGUGGUUUUCUUUCUCCCAUUUAUUGAAGAUAUUUCACCGUACAGAUAAGAUUCAAGAGACUGUUUGAACAUACACCUGUGCAGAUGUUAAUGAACAGCAUAACUUGCUUCAGAUCCAUUGUUUUGUGUGUAUGAGAAAUAAAAUGUGACUGAAACUGUGGGCA